AUGACGGUUCAGAUGCAAACCAUUCUGGAAUUCCUGUACGUGCAAUCCGAAUUCGGUCGAGUGGGUGAGAAUCACCAAAGUUUGAUCAGCACAAUGAAACGCAUGGAGUUGGCACUCGGUCGUAAUCUGGGCCUGUACCCAAUCUCUGCCAACGUGUUGAAAACUCAAGCAAAAAACGGUAAGAUGCCUCGUAAACCCUAUCGACCUCUCCCGGUCCGUGUGAUCCAUCAGCGAUUGCUGUCCUACGAAGUGUUCAAACCCCGUUUGCUCAGUGUGAUUGAGCACAGUUGA